GACGGAAGACGUUGACGCGUGAUGUGUACACGGAUGGUGUCAAGAGUGUGUGCCGAAACCCCACACGACUAAACAACAGUCGACCGACCGGUACACAUGCUGUCUGUAUACCGACCGCUGUCACAUCACCGACGGGAUGACAUAAAGACAACGUCCGCCAACAACCACCACUCCUCCCUCAUGCAUCUCACAUACAUAAACACACGGAGCCUCCCUCAUCGCUUUGCUUCUCUCUCGCCACUAGUCCGUUUUGUCAGCCCCCUUCCCUCUCUUUCCCUGUCCUCCCAUCACCCACUGCAGAAGAAGCACCGCCGCAAUGAGCACCGUCGAUAUGACGCACACCACACACAUGUUCGACACAAAGGUUGGCUCGUCGCUGCUGGUCAAGAGGGCCGCGAGUUGCUGUGCGAUGGUUGGGGGCGGUCCAAAGAGGUCUGGCGGAAUGGCGAAUGGUUGCCGUUCGCUGUAUGCCUGGUCGGUCGCGAACGCGUCCCAGAACUCGCAAUGGUGCCGCUCGUUGACGGUGUCGCCAACCAGCUUGAUGGAGCCGCGGUCGAUCUCGAGUGUGGCAUAGCCGUUGGCCUCCCCAGUCGUCUCCCAGACCACCCCAUUGCCCAUCUUGACCUCUGCCUCCCCGCGCACAAACGCCCCCAGGCCUGCCAAGUACAUCCCCUCCGUCCACGCGUCGGUCUCGUCCUGGCCCAUGUCUUGAAGCCGCCUGUCCUGACCCAGCUGCUGCCGUAUAUGGCCAUGGUAGCGCCAGUCGAUGCCGUGCAUGGCCCCCAGUGGGUUGCCGGGGGGGAGGAUAGUGCGCCACAGAGAGGUGUACACGGGGACACGCCGCUUGGAGAGCUCCAUGGCAAGGCGCCUGCAGCCAUACAUUCAGGCCGGGUAUGGUGCUCACUCUGUGUGUCCAACCUGUUGGGGCAGCUAAACAUUGCGUCUCCCGCGUAGGCAUUCGCCAUGGCCAGCGGGUCCCUCUCGCGAAGAACGCUCUCAUACUCAUGGAGGAUCUUGGUCGCCUGCGCGCACACACGGCACCACACGGCACAAACCACUAUGCGUGCCGUCGAUGAGCCACUCAUGAAUGCAUAGCUAUCUGUGCAUUUCGUCGUGUUUGACACCUUAUCGCGUCCGAAGCUGUUGGCGACGAAUCGUCGGGUCUGUUCGGCUGUGGCGUUGGCGAGCUUCUGCCACUCGGUGUGGCCGACGAAUUGGAGCAGAAGCGGGUACUCGUCGUCGGCUGUGCUGAUGAUGACCGGCUUCUUCUGGAAACCACCCUGUGUCCACACAUACGCACAGCAUAGACCCACACGAAUGCACCCACUGGCUGGACAGAAGGAGGCCGCUGCACACACCGACCGGCCGACCUGUUUGGCGAGAGUGAUGAGGUUGGCGUGUGUGACGAUGUUAUUGUCGACCACCGGGCAGCUCUCCACGGCGUACGAUGCCAUCUGCACGUCGCGACCACUCACAAGCGGGCAGAAGGGCAUCGGUGGCUGCACCGCCGUCAGCUGAACAAGCAAAGAAGACAGACAAGUAGAGGCGACACUCACUAAACCGCAUCCAGCCAUCCAGCAUCCCUCCGCCUCCCACACUCACAUUUGACCAGUGGACGUUUCUCAUCUCCUCCAUAUUCUUGGCGGCCACGGCCCGCUGCAGCCUCUCCCCUCUGCGCUUGUAGGCCUCUUCCAUCGAGGCCUCCUCGAUUAUGGGGGCUGAGCUGAUGAUGGCGCGAUGAAAGAGCGGCUCGCUGAGUGGCCACACGAGGUGGUGCAGCACCGACUGGCCGCCAGCCGAUAAGCCGUAGAGCGUCACGCGGGAAGGAUCGCCGCCAAAGGAACGGAUGUUGGUCUGCAAUGGGUGGCAGGAAGCAGCAUGCGGCAACAUGCGCUUGAAGUGUGUGUGUCUGUGUGUCUGGGUGUCUGGGUGUCUGGGUGUCUGGGUGUAUGUGCUGGUCUCGCUCGACCCACCUGGACCCACUGCAGUGCCAUCUUCUGGUCGAGUAGCAUGAAGUUGGUCGUUUCGCCGAUCGACGGAUGCGCGAGCCAGCCCAGCGCACCGAGUCUGUAGUUGAUGGACACCGCCACUAGCCGCUGGUCCGCCACCAGGCCAACCGGGUGCCAGAAGGGCUCUGUCACACCACUCCCAAAGGCAAACGCUGGGAACCACACAUCACACACACCGAAAAGUGGCACGGGUGCAGAUGAUCUAUCUGUCCACCGUCUGCAUGGCAUGGCCAGUGCUGCACUGCACCAGUGUAGCUACUCACCGCCGCCGUGUAUGAUAAAGAAGACGGGGAGGAGUUCAUCUGGCUGCUGAGUCGGUGGUGCCGACGGCGUCCACACGUUGAGUUGGAGGCAGUCCUCGCUCAUUCCUGCAGGUUCGGCCGCCGUAUGCGGCCGCAUCCGCUCUAUCAUCGGGCAUGACUUCCCCCUGCCGCGCCCGUCAUACGCACUGCUCCACGGAGGAUGAGGCUGCAUGAAUGAAUGAAGCACCAAAACAUAGAAAGCAGGAGCACCAAUCAGAUCUGCAAUGCCUGGACUCUCUGCUGUGUCUGCUCUGUCUGUCUGUUGUGUGUGCACCUCAGGCGGCCUCCAUCUCCUCAGACCGACGGGCGGGAGAGCAUAUGGGAUGGCCUCAAAGACGUGCAGAGAGGCGUCUGCAGCAACGGGGUGACCGACGAUGGGGCCUGCAGGGGCAUCGAUGACCACUUCCUGGCAUCUCGCUGGGAAGACAAUGAAUGCGAGAAGGAAGGCUCCGUACUCAAGGGCCGAAGAUCUCAUUGUCGUGAUGCGAGAUCUGUGGGCGUUGCAUGCAUCUCAGGGUCCGGCUACAGCGUGGUUUGCUUGUCUCUGCUCGUCCCCUCACCACGAGGUCGUCGUAGGUAGUGCCGACGACGAGGUGCCCCCGAGGCGGCGGCUUAGGAAAAAUACAUCUCGUGGAAGGUUGAAU